GCAUUAGAGAGACAGAUCUUUGACUUCCUUGGUUUCCAAUGGGCUCCUAUCCUUGGCAAUUUCCUACAAAUAAUAGUUGUCAUUUUGGGUUUGUUUGGAACCAUCCAGUUUAGGCCUCGAUAUAUAGUUGUGUACACGGUGUGGACUGCCCUGUGGGUCACCUGGAAUGUUUUCAUUAUCUGCUUCUAUUUGGAAGUAGGCGGACUUUCUAAGGAAACCGAUCUCAUGACCUUUAACAUCUCAAUGCACCGCUCUUGGUGGCGGGAACACGGGCCCGGCUGCAUACGAAGGGUGGUGCGUCCUUCUGCCCCUGGCAUCCUAGACGAUUACUCCUACGUCUCUGUGACAGGCUGCAUAAUUGAUUUCCAGUACCUAGAGGUCAUUCACAGCGCUAUCCAAAUACUCCUCUCCCUGAUUGGAUUUGUGUAUGCCUGUUACGUGAUCAGUAUUUUCAUGGAGGAGGAGGACAGCUGUCGAAGUAAGUAAUGAACAUGGACUCAAGACUUGUGCUGCUGUAGCUGAAGAACCAGAUUUUAGAAGAAAAGACCAACCUUGUGAUUCAUCAUUCUGGAAGAAACCCACCAUCCGUUUCUCACGGCACGUGGAUUGUUCUUCCCACAGGCUCAGUGUCGUUAUCAGCAUUGUUAUUUCGUAGACCCUUGUAGAUGAUCUUGAAUUUUUGAAUAAUUUACUUAUAUGGACACUUGUAAAUUGUAAAUUUUUUCUUUUUUAAUUUCAAUAUUUUUACAACAUUUAGUGUUAAGGCAUGAAAACAAAACAACCUGUGAAAACUAGGAGAAAGGUGCGUCUUUCUCAAAAAAGUCAGUAUUUUUUGACUGAUAGAAUCAUACUGUGCCUGGUCAAGAUUGUGUCAGUGAACAGUAAUUCUGACUCCAAAAUAUGCAGCAGGAGUCAAACUCUAACAGUGUACAAGAGAUCAUUUCAAUGCUGUGUUUAGAAUUCAUGAUGUCCACUCCUUGCAUUGUUUGAACUGCUGUAUGCAGUAGGAAUUGAUCUAUGACUCUUCUUACCCAGAUGUUCCAGCACUAAUGUACUCAUCUAAUUAGUGCAACUAAUAUAUGGCUCCUUCUCCCUCCCUAAUCUCUUUUGCCCUGAGCCCACCACCAGUAGCUGUCUCUGAUUUGAAGAGAAGUAGGACGACUGCUCUAUGGCUGUCGGUCUCUAGGAACCCUUACAUCCAGGGCUCUCUAGAUGUCUGUGUUUUGCACAUUUUUGAACUCUUUUCCUCCCUUCUCCCAGAAAGAAGCCAAGCAUGAAUGUACAGUACAAGGCACCAACUGAAGCCUUAGAAGCCUCUGGGGACUAAUUUUGCUCUUAAUUUAAAAGUAAACAAACAAACCUGAAAAUGUGUGUAAAAAUUUGUAAAGUUAUUUGUAAAUACUUCUAGAGAAAGAACAUGUAUGUAACUGUGGUAUUUUGUUUUCUAUUCUGUUUCCACUAGCAUAAAGUGAUACACAAAG